AGCGCCCCGCCCCUCUCUCCCCCCGCCCCCUGCUCCCAAGCUCCCUUGCUCGCCGUCUCCCCACAUCUCCGCUCCUCUCCCCAUGUGCCACAGUCGUCGUCUCGUCCCGCGACUUCGGCUCGCCGGCUUGUGCUCCCCGCCCUGAGAGUGGUCUCUGGGGACCGCCCCGGCGCCGCAGCCCUCGAGCCCCGCCUUCCAUCCAGCCAGCCACCCCCGCUUCGGUCGUUGGCAGCUGCGCGGGUGGCCGCGGAGACCCGAGUUGGCGAUGGCGCAGGGUGGCGAUGGGCUGCUGCGGGAGGGCGACUUGUUGCCGCCGCCCUCCUCUUCGGUGAUGCCGCCCGAGGCUGUGGUGAGCCAGUGGCGCUACAGCCACGAAAGCGACUGGCAGUGGGGGCUGCGGCGCACCUUUAUCUGCCGCCACCUGCACAAGUACCCCGGGGCCGCGCUCGACCAGCUGCUGGCUCUCUCGUCCGCAUGGACCAACCACAUCUUCCUGGGCUGCAGGUAUAGCCCACAGUUGAUGGAAAAAAUUUUCAAGAUGGCUGAAGGUAUUGAUAUUGGGGAGAUGCCUUCACAUGAACUGGUAUUGCCUAAUGCUCCCAAAGCUCAAAAACGUCCCCCCUCGCCUUGUGCUGCUUGCCCCAGCACUUCUCCAGGACGUGCUACUAGCAAGAAGGACAAAGAACUGAGGAUCUCACUGCCAGCGAGCACCCAGCAAGAAUGAAGAAUAGGGAGAAUUUUGCAGUGACCUGCAUAGGGUCAAAUCCCUCCCAAAAAGCAAGCUGCUUCCAGACUCCAGGUGAAACCUCGUUUUGAACCUGUACACUUUGUAGCUAGUAGUAUUAAAGAUGAAAGAAUGGAAGAUCCUUCAGACACUCAAACACAGCAAGCAGACUCUACCAUCACGCCGUUAGACACCUACCAAGAUGAUGUUAACAACAGUUCCCAAGAUCAAAAGUCCCAGUAUUCCAAAACAAGUUGUGCUCUCACUAACCAGACUGCAACAACCAGCAUGUUAUCAGAUAGUGUGAACCCUCCCCUAAGUGGUACAUCCCAUUGUCCUCCAUCCUCUCAGUCAGCUGCUGUGUCUUCCCCCUCAGUAAAAUUUUCAGAAUCAGAGGUGACUGGGAAGCAACAGUUUAUUGAAAAACUUUCUGCAGUUAUUUGCAAGAGCCUUUCAGGGAUGAAUCUUGGAGCUGAUAAAAUUAAUUAUACAUAUAUGUUAACUCGUUGCAUUCAGGCAUGUAAGACAAAUCCCGAGUAUAUAUAUGCUUCUUUAAAAGAAAUCCCCCCUGUUGACAUCCCCAGAAGUAAAAAACUUUUAAUUGAUGGCUUUGCUUGUGAAGUUAGAUGCCAGAGUAUCUAUCUGACUACCGGUUAUGCUGGCAGCAAAAAUGGUUCUAGGGAUCGAGCUACUGAGCAGGCCAUAAAGCUCUUGCAAAAAUCUGUUGAGGUUAGAGUAAUUAAGAGGAAAUUCAAACAUAUUUAUCAAGAUGACCUAGUGGUGUGUCAGAUUGGCAUAUCAUCAUAUGAUUUUCCUCCAGCCCUAAAAGCCCCAGAAGAUCUCUCUGUGAAGAAUGGAGCAGAGCAGUCAGACUCUGCUUCCAGUUCCAAACAUUGGACCAAUUUUGUCCUCAUAGAAAAUGCAAAUGAUGCUAUUGGAAUCCUAAACAAUUCCGCCUCAUUCAACAAAAUGGCAAUUGAAUACAAGCAUGAGAUGAUGCCAAAUCGUACAUGGCGCUGUCAGGUGUUUUUGCAAGGGCACUGCUUAGCUGAAGGUUAUGGAAGCAAAAAAGUAAGCAAACAUGCAGCUGCUUCUAAAGCAUUGAAAAUUCUUCAAAAAACACAAUCUGAUACCCCAGUUGUCCAAGCUACACAGGUUCAAACAGUAGGCUAUUCACCUAAGGGAUCUGGAAACAAAGAUUUAAAGGAUCUUGUAAUUUAUGAGAACUCUUCAAACCCUGUCUGCACACUAAAUGAUACAGCCCAGUUCAACAAAAUGACUGUCAAAUAUGUUUUUGAAAGGCUGACAGACUCAAGGUGGAAAUGCAAGGUGAUUCUGGAGAAUGAAUUCAUUACAGAAGCAGUUGGGGUGAAAAAAUUUGUCAAGCAUGCGGCUGCAGAAGAAGCUGUGAAAAUCCUUAAAAAGACACAGCCAACUGUCAUUAACAAUCUGAAGAAAGGUACCAUCGAGGAUGUGAUCUCAAGAAAUGAGAUUCGAGGUCGCUCAGCAGAAGAAGCUUAUAAACAAGAAAUCAAAGAGGAUAACAUUGGGAAUCGGCUCUUAAGGAAAAUGGGUUGGACGGGGGGUGGGUUAGGGAAAUGUGGGGAGGGUAUCCGUGAACCCAUCUCAGUCAAAGAACAGCAUAAGCGGGAAGGGCUUGGGCUUGAUGUAGAGAGAGGAAAUAAAAUUGCCAAGAAAGAUAUUGAACAGAUCAUCAGAAAUUAUGCCCGGUCAGAGAGCCACACUGAUUUAACUUUUUCUACAGAGCUUACCAAUGAUGAACGGAAACAAAUACAUCAAAUUGCCCAGAAGUAUGGUCUUAGGAGCAAAUCUCAUGGAAUAGGCCGUGAAAGAUAUUUGGUGGUAGGUAGAAAAAGGCGUAAGGAAGAUUUAUUAGAUCAGCUCAAACAGGAAGGCCACGUUGGACAUUAUGAACUUGUUAUGCCUCAAGCAGAUUGAGACCAAAAUGAUCAUGUAAACACUUGCUAACAUUUUGUGACAUGCAUUAGAAAGAAAUGUUGCAUUUUCUGGUUGUAGAAAAAAAUAUUCAUUCUAAAGUGUUGUAAAACUUUGCUCUUUUUACUUCUGCUUUUGUAGGAAGGCUCCUGUUCAAGUUGUACUAGUAUAUAGUCCAGAAGACAACAUUGUCCUUGACGUCAUUGAUGUUACUAGUUGUUUUAUAUCGUGAUGUGAUCAUGUGAUAACAAAAAUACACCCAAAUGUACCCCUUCCCCUUUAAAGUAUACCUUGUGUAUUUUGCCCCAAAAGAAUUUUUAAUUUGUUUAAAGAGCAAAGUGAUUUGGAGUAAAUGUGUUAAUGAUAUCAACUACAAUAAAACUACAACUGUCAACAACA